AUGCCACAACGCCAAAGACCCUGGAGUAAAAUUGAUGGCUCUGAGAGCAAUGAUCCUGACCAAGUGUUCUGUCCCGAGACAGAGGCUGGCCCACCAGACCUUGCACCAGGCACUGGGCCACAGAUAACACUUCUGAAGGGUGCAAAAGGUGAUGGUGGAGUAUCCCAGAGAGACACUGCUGGAGACAGCAGCCCUGCAAAGAUAAACCAUGAUUCCGAUCACAGAGCUGCGGUACUUUGUGGACACACAGCCUGCGUACCGCAUCCUGAAGCCAUGGUGGGACGUGUUCACCGACUACAUAUCCAUCGUCAUGCUGAUGAUUUCUGUGUUCGGGGGAACGCUGCAAGGCUGCAUCUCCAGAAGUUGUCCAUCAACAACGAGGGGACCAAGCUUAUGGUGCUGAAUAGUCUGAAGAAGAUGGUUAACCUCUCAGAGCUGGAGCUCAUUCGCUGUGAUCUCGAGCGCAUCCCACAUUCAAUUUUUAGUUUGCACAAUUUGCAAGAAUUAGAUCUAAAAGACAACAACCUAAAGACUAUAGAGGAGAUCAUCAGUUUUCAGCAUCUUCACCGCCUGGUCUGCCUUAAGCUCUGGAACAAGAUUGAAAAAAUUCCAAGCCAACUAUUUUACUGCCGCAAGCUGCGCUUCUUGGACCUGAGCCAUAACAACUUAACACAUGUUCCAGCAGACAUUGGCUUCCUCCAAAACCUCCAGUACCUGGCGGUGACUGCAAACCGAAUUGAAAAUCUGCCCAACGAGCUGUUUCAGUGCAAAAAGCUCCGCACUUUGAACUUGGGAAACAAUUGCCUUCACUCUCUGCCCUCACGGUUUGGAGAGCUGUGUGCGCUCACUCAGCUGGAGCUCAGAGCCAACCGUCUGGAGUGUCUCCCUGUGGAGCUGGGAGAGUGCCGACAGUUGAAGAGGAGCGGGCUGGUGGUGGAAGAAGACCUCUUUAACACUCUGCCCACAGAGGUCAAAGAGCAGCUGUGGAAGGCCGACAAGGAGCCUGCAUGA